AAAGAGCCUGCAGUCAGACUGUCUGGGUGCUUCCAAUGACUAAGGAAAAGUUGCCAGUACUUUAUCUCCUUGUGUUCGGUACCGGUCUGUAUUUCUGAAAUACUGCAAACAUGGGAUACGAUUUGGAUCGCUUUAGCGGAGAAGUGGACCCAGAUUUUAAGUGCAACUUGUGCAACAAAGUGCUGGAAGACCCGCUAACAACUCCUUGUGGUCAUGUUUUUUGUGCUGGCUGCGUCUUGCCCUGGGUAGUGCAACAAGGCAGCUGCCCUAUGAAGUGUCAACGGAUUUCUACCAAAGAACUGAACCAUGUCCUUCCUUUGAAAAACCUCAUUUUGAAACUAGAAAUAAAAUGUGACAAUUAUAUUAGAGGGUGUGAGAAAGUUGUAAAACUGCAAAACCUGGCGGAACAUACCGAAAUGUGUGAUUGUUCCCCUGCCAAAUGUAGAAACAAGGGAUGCAAUGAAGUUAUGAAUCUCAAGGACAUGGAUGCCCACAUGAGAGAAACAUGCGAGUUCCGACCCAUUGGAAUUUGUGAAAAGGGAUGCGGUUUAAUGCUGAUCUACAGAGAGCACAAAUUGGGCAGUCAUAACUGUUUAUUGGCUUUAAAGACUCACAGCACUGCGAUGCAGGGUAAACUUAUCGGGAUGGAUAAGGAGUUAAAGAAGCAGGCUGUCAAAUCUGGGAAAAGGGAAAAAUCUUUGCUGUCACAACUGUGUGCAGCGCAGAAUGAGCUCCAGAUGACAGCUCUGAGGUACCAGAAAAAGUUUAACGAGUACAGCGCCAGACUUGACUCGCUCACAAAAAGUCUGGCUGCUCCCCCAAAGGGUGAAGAAACAAAAACAUUAACUGUUGUCCUUAAUCGUGAAUCUGGAUCUCUUGGAUUUAACAUUAUUGGUGGUCGUUCUUGCUUGGAUGAUCAGGAAGGUGAAUGCAGUGAAGGAAUUAUUGUUUCUAAAAUCCUAGAGAAUGGACCAGCCAACAAAGAUGGAGGACUUCAGAUUCAUGACAGGAUUAUUGAGAUUUAA